GCUCGAGCCGCCGCUUCUGGCUGCUGGCCGCGCAGUUGCCAACGUGAGUGCGAGGCGUGUGAACGUGAUUUUAGCUUUUCCUCAGCUUCCCAUCGAAUUUCCUUCGAUUUCAGUGCAGUGGGAAAAGCCUAAAAAAAAUCAAAAAAAAUAGUCAGCGACAAAAAUAAAAAAAUAAAAAAAAACAAAGAAAAACCUAAACGGGACCCCGAAAGGUCGGCGAAAAAAGAAAACUGCAUACGACUUGCAGUAUUGUGGAAAUAUGGACUUCUUGAAUAAUUUUCACAGCCCUGCGAGCUACGUGAGAGUGUGUGUGCCACAAGUGUAAGAUCUGCCGCAAGUUAGGUGUCACCGAGGUGAAACAUUGCCAAAUCCUUUGACAGAUUUCUAUUUGCCACUUAUUUUGCAUUUCGACGGCGAGUGAAAGUAAACAAUGAAGCGCACCCAAAUGGAUAGGCGAUCCAAUAUCACAAAGCUAAUAACGACCGAUGUAGUGCGAUGCCUUCUACUGAUCAUGAUGGUAGUACUACCGGAGGCCACUGCGGGUUUCGGGUUCGACUCCGCCAACUCGUGCAGUCCAAACGGAAAGAUGUCCCGCCGAGGACGAGCCCAGAUGCUGGCCUCCAUUCCCUGUGAUCUUGGGAAGCAGGCCUUCUGUCACCUGCCUGGAGCAGCCUAUCCGUGGCACGCGGUCCGGAGAUUCGUGCACGAAAACCAGGGAUUGAUGAAGCGCAUGUAUGGGGAUGUGAGGCACAUUUCCAUUCUGCGGGAUGAGAUCCAGAACAACGAGGUGGACGCGGACGACAUGGAGGAGACAGCGGAGAGGUACAGCAAAGAUGCAGGACGUCGAAGUGCCAAGUACUUGAUGCAUGGCAGGGACCGCGAUCGUGAUCGUGAGGAGUUCGGUAGCUUCAAGGGAAACGAUGUGCUGAUGGAGCCACAUUUUCGUCCGGUUUCCACCAGUACCAGCAGUACCACCACAACUACCAAAGCCACCACCACAACAGCGGCUCCCGCAACCACCAGCACCACCACAGACAAAGUCCAGACUGAUACUUCCACAACUCCCGACAAUAAAUCAACUUCUAGCACUUCCGCUGCUCCACCACCUUCUUCCAAAGAAGCUGAAAUAGAGCCGGAAAUCGUGGAGAUCCAGCCCAGUCUGGAAUCUAAUAGUGUCUAUGAGGUGGUGCCAUCUCCGGCUCCUUCACUGGUCAGCACCCCUACCACUGGAGCACCUUCUUCAUCGCCGGGCGGGAACAUAGAAAUCAUUGAAUCCCCACAGUUGGGGCUAAGAAACCUUAGUUUGGAAGUGAAACCAUCUCAAGAACCGACCACUGCUGCUUCCCUGAAACCCACUUCGAAGGGAUCCACAAAUGUGCCUUCCAGGAAGAGAAAACCAACAGAAGCAUCCACAACGGUGGCGACUCCUAAAACGGCAACAACGACUGCAGCUCCACCAACGACUGCAGGCACUUUGCUGAGCCGCCGAAAUGUGACCAAAUCCCCACCAGCAUUGCCAGGAUCCUUGACUACUCCGGUGACCUUUGCCUCGCUGUUCUCUUCUGGACAGUUUAAUAUGGAUAAGCUGCGUAGACCGCUGACCACCAGUAGCACCACAGUGCCAGCUCCGGCUGCGGUUGGAGUUGCCCAAGUAGGAGCGGGAGGAGCCACCAAGCCGGGACUGCUUCGGGAAGGUCAACUGUUCCAGGAUGCCAUGAAACAAGAGCCAGUCGCUGUGGCGAGUAACCUGCGGGGAGUAAAUGCCUGCCCCGUCAAGGACGAGGUGGUGGCUCCUUUCUGGGCCAACAACACCAGAGGCGAGGUCCUGGCCCUUCUCAACCUGUAUCCCUUCGAACAGUACGUCCACUGGGAGAAGUGCACCCACGAGUUCAAGCAAAUGUUCUGCCGGGAUGGGUGUCGCUGUGAGCAGCAGUACCGGCUACACCGACUCCUAGCCUACGAUCCCCACAACGAGUGCCGUGGCAUCUUCUCCGACUGGUUCCGCUUCCCCUCCAGCUGCAUCUGCAAAUGCUACAACAUCCCCAUGGAGUUCCGGGCCACCUCGAGGAGUCCACGAUCCGACAGUAGCUUCGAUGCUCCCAGAUCCGAUCCCAUUGAGGCAGCCGAGGCGGAGGUCCAGAAAGCCAUCUACGAACAUGCCACCGAGGAGUGGUAUCGCCCCAGGGAUGAGUUUGACUUCUUGGAGGGAUAAUUAAAAAAUAAUUUAAUAAAUUGUACAGUAAAAUAGAAUAUUACAUAGUUAAGCUACAUAGACUAUCUUCCAUCACUUCUCUCAUCUGUCUUCUGCUCUUUUAGUCUUUCUUUUCCAUAACUUAUUUAAUAUUUUUUAAUAUUAAUUUUAGCUUUAGUAUUUAAGAAAGGCAUUGUGUUAAUGUAAAUAUAGGUCGACACAAUGCCCGAAACGUUGAAGAGCGAAUGUACCUUGAAAUACUGGCGAACUCAUCGCAGCCCCCGAGCUGUGUCAAUGGUAUUUACUUAAUUAACUCAUUUAAUCGAAUCUUAAUUUUAAAACAACCAUAAAAGUGGCCAUAACAAUAAUCAACCCAAAUCCCAUCAAACGAGUGGAGUUUUUGAAAAAAUAUUUAUUGCAAAAGUGUAUGCGAUUAUGUAGGUGUAGUCUGUAUAUUUAGAAUGCUUACAUUAUGUAUAAAAUAGGUUUAAUGUAUUUAAUACGUUGAUAUAUAUUAUUGUUUCAUCUUUAAUGCGUACAAGGUUACUUUGAUAAAUUAGAUUUAUAAAUUGUAUUUAUGCGUAGAAAGGGGUAAUUUAUGUUUGCGAUUUAAAGGCAUUUUCCAGGCAUUUUUCAUUCCAGUUUUAACUCUACCACCUAAGGCUAGUGAUAGCUUUUUUUUGUCAAUCACUCGAUCGAAUAAAACUUUUAUUGUUGCAACGUAA